AUGGCGGCUGCAUCGUCUUCAACGGGUGCUUCAAAUCCCUCAAAUCCAGUUGUUUUCUUUGAUAUAUCCAUAGGAGGACAGGAGGUAGGAAGAAUGAAAAUGGAGCUGUUUGCAGAUGUUGUACCAAAAACAGCAGAAAAUAUGAGACAACUGUGUACAGGAGAAUACAGAAAAGACGGAAUACCUCAAGGAUACAAAGGAGCUUCCUUUCACAGGGUUAUAAAAGACUUCAUGAUCCAAGGUGGUGACUUUGUCAAAGGUGAUGGCACAGGAGUUUUUAGUAUUUAUGGGGAGGUUGCAUACCCUGAUGAAAAUUUCAAGAUAAAACAUGAUUCACCAGGCCUCCUCUCAAUGGCCAACAGUGGUCCAAACACAAAUGGCUGUCAGUUCUUUGUCACUUGUGCUAAGUGUGAUUUUCUGGAUGGGAAGCAUGUUGUAUUUGGGAAAGUUAUUGAUGGACUGUUAGUGAUGAGAAAAAUAGAGAAUGUUCCCACAGGACCCAACAACAGACCCAAGUUACCUGUGGUUAUAUCACAGUGUGGAGAAAUGUAGAGCUUGAUGUAUUUUCUAUAUAUAUUUAUACAUGUUCUGUGGUUGGAAGAAAAGCUUUGAAAAGUAUUUGAUAUGGUUGCAAGUCCUUUUGGUUUUUCGUGCAAUUGAAAAUUGCGAACUGCACGAGAAUUGUUUUUCCGUGAAAAAAAUUACUUCCUCACUCCAGUGAGCAACCCAUCUACUUCAAGCUCUAACUAAUGUCCCCUUUCUAUUAAAGCUACAUGUAACUCACCCCAAGUGAACAAAAGGACACUUUUCGAUUUAGUGUCGUUAAGCCAUCACCAAAAUAAUCACAACAGCUAAUCAGGAGAAAGGAAAUACCUUUACGAGACAAUGGGAACUUUAAGUAAAAACAACCAAGUGCCUAAAGCGCGGGAAAACACGCCGGGUGACCAAAUUGUGAUUGGGUUUAGUUUAACAUCUGAUUGGUCGAGAGAGUGGCGGGAGUUUUGUGGACCAUUCACAGAGUGAAGUAAAGAAAAAACAAAGCAAUUCGGAAUUACUUUUGGCACUCAGUUAUUAUUCUAAACAUGUACGUGUAGUUCUCUGUAACCCAUACAUAAUCUAUGUAUACUAAAAUUAAGGGAAACACAUUCAAACAACAUCACCAUAGGGAAUGACAUUGAUUUUAUUUUAUUGAUAAAUCCUGUUGAGCUUAUACAUUUAACACUGAAUGAACAAGUAACAAAUUCAGUGCCAAACACACUUUUCUGUGAUGCACGUUUUCUGUAACACGAAGUCAGUAAUCAAUUUUGACUAAACAGAAGGCAAAGCUCAAUGUGUGUGUUGCUGGAAUCGAUUCAACAACCUAAACGUAGCUCUUAAAUGUAUGUACAAUGUUAUUCUGUAGCACUGUUCACUACAUCAGAUCAAAUGAAUGCAAUUUAACUUGAUUUAAAAAUUUUCCCUGAAUACCCCUUUUGUUUAUGCAUUCCCUGUUUAAAGCGCUUUCUUUAUUAACAACAUGCGCUGCCAGCUACAUUUAUAUGAUAGUCUUAUCUAUUUCACUACACAAUGUAUAUGACACAUGUGAUGUCUAAAAAGAUAGCAAGUGUUUACGAUGGCAAAAUCCUGCAAUAUGAAUUUGGGAAUUUUCCCACCCAUGAAGAAAUUCAUCUCACCUUAGAAAUUAAUUGAAUUUCUUUUUCCUCUUCAAAUUAGCGUAGAAGCGCCAUGUACCAUUGUAAUUUUUUGUGAUAACGAAAACUUACCAUAAACUUUUCAUUUCCCGAAGAGCACCUUCCUUUUUACCUCUGUCUUUUCUUUAACGAAUUUUAUGCUUCGACGUCAUAAUUGACAAAUAUGUAGAGCUACCUUUACAUUAAGAGUCAGGGUUGUGUUAGACACGAUUGCCCCGACUUAAAUAGCUUUAAAUAUGACGAAAAGGUCUUACUGAUGUAUACUGUACAUUUGCAUUAAAUAAUGUACCCUCGCAGUUGUUAACAUUAUGUCCUCUUCAACCUUCCUGGUGUCCACCAAGUAAAAUAAUUGUUACAGCAACAAUUUCGGUACAAUUAAGUUAAUUCAACU